AUACUAGUUUUUGCCAUUCUGUUAAACAUUGCGCGAGAGAGGGGUAAACGCUGCUGUGACUCAGGGGGAAAGGAUGGAGAAGAAGCUCGUUCUGCCAAUGGUGGGGAUGGUGAUGGCAGAGUGUGCACAAGUUGGGCUGAUGAUAGUGGGCAAAGCAGCCAUGUCUCAUGGAAUGAGCAAAUUCAUUUUUGUGUUUUACUCUAAUGCUCUGGCCUCCUUAAUUCUCCUCCCUUCUGCCUUUCUCUUCCACAGAUCAGAGCGUCCUCAGCUCACUUUCUCCAUCCUCUGUGGGUUUUUCUUGCUUGGCCUUUUGGGUUGCUUUGCCCAGAUAUUUGGGUAUGCUGGGAUUUACUAUAGCUCAGCUACUCUUGGGACAGCCAUGCUUAAUCUAAUCCCCGGUGUUACCUUCAUACUUGCCAUUGUUUUCAGGAUGGAGAAACCAUGUUUGAGAAGCUCAAGUUUUCAAGCUAAGUUACUGGGAACAAUGGUGUCAAUUGCUGGGGCAUUCAUUGUGACUUUCUACAAGGGCCCUGCACUUCUGCUGACACUCUCACCUUCUAACUCACCUCAUCAACUUCUUUUGCAACAUUCAAACUGGGUCGUCGGAGGAUUUCUCCUUGCUGCUGACUGCUUGUUUGCUUCUGCAUGGCUUAUUACACAGGCAUCAAUCCUAAAGAAAUUCCCUGCUGAGCUGAUUGUUGUCUUCUUUUACUGCUUCUUUGUGACCAUUCAAUCUGCAAUAAUCUGCUUGGUUAUGGAAAGAGAUAUUAGUGCUUGGAGCUUCAAACCUGAUGUGAGAUUGAUUGCUCUUCUAUACUCAGCUGUUUUUGGCUCAGCAUUUCAACUUGGCAUAAGCACAUGGUGCCUGCAUAGGACAGGACCUGUUUUUGUUUCAAUGUUCAAGCCCUUGGGAAUCAUCAUUUCAGUAGUCAUGGGUGUUAUUUUCUUAGGGGAUUCCUUCUAUCUUGGAAGCUUGAUUGGAGCAAUUGUCAUUGUCCUCGGAUUUUAUUCUGUGAUGUGGGGAAAGGCCAAAGAAGAGAAGAUGGGUGUGGAUGCUGGAGUAACAAAAUUGGAGUCUGGCAGCCAAAAUGCCCCUCUCUUAUCAGAUAUAAAAUAAAUCAAAGCUGAAGGUUCAUCACACAUAAUAUAAAGGAUUUAUUCAGUAACAUAUCCGGACUUUAUUCUGCUGCAACCUGCAUGGAAGGCCAAAGAAAAGAGUUGAAACAACAUUUUGGUCUGGUAGAAUUUUGUUGAGUUGAUCACAUUCGUCCUAAUUCUUGAAAAUUGUAGCAAAGAAUGCAUUUAAUGAUUCAAAAUAUUUUUUGGAUCAACUCAGGUACUCAUCAUGUUACUUUUCAUUUUAUAUAAUACAUAAUCAUUCUAGUAUGUAUAACACAAUGAAUAUAUCAGCUUGAAAUUGGUAUACAUGGCAGCCAUUUGAUUUGUUCAUAAGAUAAAACAAUAUUCUUGUUUUGCAUUGUAAGUUAGUAAAAUUCAAAAUUUAAA